AUGGCGACUGCCCAUCUCUUGAGUAUGAACUGGUCUUCUUGGCUCUCCGGCAGUCCGGAUUGGGCCGGCGCCGUGUCCUCCAUCUACGACAGAGCAAAACACUCGGAAGCCCCUAACAUCACUGUCUUUCUGCCAUAUCGUUGGAAUCAGUCAUUGUCGGACUUUGAUGCACAGAAAGACUGCUAUGACACGAAAUCUCUGUUCGGUUUUUCUACGACGGGACGUGGUCCUACCACUGCAAACUUAUACGGGUGCGCCGCCAUCGCGACUUCGGCAUAUCUCGUGCAAAAUGAGAACUUCGUCAUCGACAAGAGCGUCAACGAAACGAUUUCGAGAAUAAACUUGGACUCUCUAAAGGAUUUCAAUGCCACGCGGGUCUUUGAGCAGAUUGCCGGCUGUAUCGAACAAUCCUGCGUCGGAGGAAACCCUUUGGGAGAGUGCGAUCCCGGCGUCGCGAAGCUCACGCAGAGCCAAGUGAAGGCUGAUGAACUGGAUAAAGUCUUGGAACCCCUCGAGGACUUGUGCUCCGUUCUAUCAAAAGGACCAGAAGCUGAUAUUGCUGGGCCUGGUCCCGACUCUUCCAUCUUCUUCGGCACGUUGCUUGCUUUCAGGUGGGUUUUCAGGCUUUUCCGCAAGCGCUCAGAGACCGAGAUGGAUCACCUGCGCUCGACGCUGACGCACCUACGCUCGACUCGUUUCUCCGUCGCCUUGUGCUCGACCAUGAUCGAGUUCCAAGAGACACAGGCCUUUUUCGUCAUGGCCAUUGAGACGGCGACCUUGACCAUGGUAAUCAUGAACAGCCAGUCUCUGGCCAUUCGAGUUGACGUCGGUGCCGCCAAAGUCUUUGCGAGCGCCAACACGCUGCUAGUGCUCAUCACGCAGGCCAUCAUGCAACGCAGAGGCAUGUACUGGUGGUACACGUUUAUACUCACAGUCAUUGUGUAUGUCCUGUGCGCCAUCAUUCAGAUGCUCAGCCUUCCGACGCCGUCAAAUCUCUCAGAUCCGUCCCCGGAAUACGCAACCUGCGGCGGAAGGCAAAGCAUCUUGCAAACGUGUCUGCAGGCCGAAUACAGCGAUUACUACAUUUAUGGCGGCCAUUUACAAUAUAAUGAUCAAAUCAUUCGAUUCUUUAUCUAUACAUCAAUCAUGGUCUUUCUUACGGCAGAUCAUCUGGGCCAUGUCCCUGGACUCCGCAGAAUGAUGGCCUCGGCAAAUCAAGGUCUAAAAGGGCGCAAGAUCCUGAUACCUGCUUGGGUUCUCAAGACAUUAUCCGUCCUGGGAAAGAUUCUGUGGUUUCUUCUGGUGUCUCUCAUGGCUUAUACUAUUUUGGUCAACAUUGUUCAAGUACAUAGCUUCGUUCGAGAAACGAUGCGCAGCAAAGAGCAGUGGACUUUUGGCCAGGUUGUUGCGGUGCUGGUCUGGGCACCAGUACUAUCAAAGUACAUCUACUACAACAUUUUCGGCAUUGAGCUCGGCGUUGGCAAGCGGAUAGAUGACCAGUACAAAGUCGUGCUCAACGAAGAGAAGACACCAUCAACUCCUCCUAGAGCACAAGGACGCUUCGAUUCUUCGAGGAGCUUGGUGGAUGAAAGUAGUUACAUCAGCUUGAGCACUAUUGGUGAUGGCUAUGAAGAUCAGAGACCCGCAAGGACAGAGACGAGGUCAUUCUCAGGAGGCGUUAAGCGCAAACCGUUACCACCUAGAACCGACACCGAGUUGCCCAGAUGA